AUGGCGGCAGUUUCAGAGCUACUCAGGUGAGUUUUCUACGCUUUCCUCAUGAUAUUUAGUUAAUUAAUGUAAAAUAUACUGUAAGAAGUAAAGGAACAUGAAUUCUAGAUAAUAAUUGUUGAUUUUAGUGUGUGUUCUUGUAGAAUAUAUGUUUAUUAAGUUUGAAAAACUGAAUUUAUAUAAGUAUAUUAUAUUAAAGAGCAUUUAAAUUUAUAUUUGAACACGUGUUUUGCAUGUUCCUAAAUUUUGUACUUGUUGAUAUUUUUAGAUUAACAACUAGGGCAAAAAAAGAUGAGCAGCAGUGGUUGGAUGACAAUGAUGAUAAAAGUGAUGUAUGUUCUUAAAAAUGCUUUUGAAAAUAUUUGUAGGCCCAAAAACAAUAUUAUAUAAAAACAAUAUUAUAUAAAAACAAUAUUAUAUAAAAACAAAGGGCCAAUGUAUGAUUGCAUGAUUAGGAUGGUGGGGUGGGGGGGGGGGGGGGGGGGGGAGGAGAUGCAAGUGGUCCACAACCACCAAACAAACUGAAAAAAUUUUCUCUUCAAAAUUUUGACUGAUCUGGUUGACAAACGUGGUGUAGGAGAUCACAGAACAAGGUGAAAAUGCAGGAUAAAAUCUAUUUUUCUAUGGCCAUUAACAUAUAUUUUUUGUUGUUCAGAGUGGAAGUGAGGAAGAAGUUGAUCAUGAAGAUUUGUUGAAGAAAAUCAAAUCUCUUGACAAGAAAGGAAUUUCUAAGAGGUUUGUUGCUGAAUUAAGUAAAUUUGUUGUCUAAAGCAAACCGAUGAUUUAUGAACCGGAUCUCAUAUAUUUUAGGCGUAAAGGACCGCUGCGGUCUGAAUUAAACCAAAAUGUUUCUGAGUUUCAUUUGAAGUCAGAAGGUUUGUUCAACAUACUGCUUUAUUUCCAGUAUAUCAUGCCACAAUUAAAGUACUUCACUUUCUGCCACUAGAAUGAAUUGUUUGUAAAUAAUUCUAUUUUGUUACAGGUGAUGAUGGUCGUGUCAACCUUGGUGAUCUUGUUGGCUCACUACAAACAUCAAGUUACCACAGUAAACUCAAGAAAUCACUGGUACGCCUUGACUUCACAAAAGAUGCUUAGUUUUAUUCAGUCAAGUCCAUAUAUACAAUCAUAUCAACUUAUAGUAAAACUAUUUUUUUCUUUUGUAGGAAAGCUUACAGAAGAUGGGGCAUAUAGUGGAAGUUCCCUUGGCAAAACCUGCAGCUGAGCGGGUAUGAUUCACUAAUUUAUAGUUAUGGAUAGUUUGAUCAGUUUCAAAAUGUUACUUCCUAAAGCCUGGUUAAUUACACUAUUAAAGUUUCUGUGAUUACAGUAGGAACUUUGCAUAGGUUUAUUUUGAGGUUUGGAGGAAACUGAUUCAUUGUUUAACAGUAAUUCAGUUUGCUCAAAUAUUUCUUACAAAUCCUUCAAAACAUAUAAUUUACCGAAAAAAUUCAUACUGAGAUCACAGAAACGUUGUUAAUGUAAAUUAGUGAAAACCAUGAUGAUGUUUAAUUAAUAUUUACCAGGAAAAUACCUUAAAAUGGUAAAUAUUAAACAUGGUUUUUUACCAAUUUACCAUAUGGGAAAUCUAUAAUAACCAAUAAUGGUAAGCCAUACGUAAGAGUAGAGUUUUCACAGUGAUAGUAUAUAUGGUAAAUCUUUAAAAACCAUUCAAUGAUUCAAAACCCAUUAAUGGUAUUUUUUUUCCCUGUGCAUGUGUCACCAACACUAUGUAUUUACCAUAUCAGCAAAAAGGUAGUUUUAUUCACCAAAAGCCAGUUUACAUGCAGCGAGUUUAACUUGAUAAAAUGUUAAUCAUAGAUUCAAAGAGUUGUUGCUUAUGAAGAAACUUCAAAAGACAUUGGCAAAUGGGAUGCAACAGUUCAGAAAAACAGACGUGUAAGUAGGAUAAUGUUUCUCUCACAAGCAAAACCUUGUUGAAGAAACCAAACUUUCAUGCAUUUUUCAUUGUAGGCUCAGCAGUUGUCAUUCCCACUAGAUGCCUAUAAACCUGCAGAAAUGUCCACUACGACGUUGGCAACAACUUUCAAGGUAUUACGGCAACAACUAUUUCAAUUGAGGUUGUUACAUAACAGUUAUAUUCAAAUUCUCAAUGUACUGGACUUGACAGCUCAUUUGAAUCAUAUUCUCUGCUGUUAGCAUUGUGCUUAUUGUGCAUAUUCUCUGCUGUUAGCAUUGUGGUUGAGAGCUCUAUGUACUGUAUUUCUUCAUUUAUUUUUUAAAAAUUUUUUGAGAUUUACAUUUUUUUGCAGUCUUGCUAUGAGCAGCAAAAUACUGAUCCUAAAGAAUUCCAAGCUGUCUUGGGACUCCAGGCUUUAUUAGAGUUGUUUAUGACCCUGUUACAUGAUUAAUUUACAAUGGUAAUCAAACGACAUUCUUCUUUAUUUAAGCCUCGUACUCCAUUGGAACAAGAGAUAGCAAAUGUGCUUCAGAAUAGUUCACAAAUGUUAGAACGAGAAGAUAAAGAAUUGAGUCUUGAGGAAGAAGAAGCUUUGAAGAAUAUGAGUUUGGAAGAGGUGUGUGUCUUAGCCUAGUUUGUAGGAAUUAAGAAACUCUCUGUCAAACUCAGAAUUAAAUAAAUAUGACGUCUUUUAUGUUUUUUGUAAAGGCUCUUGAAAGACGUCAUGAGCUCCAGAAGUUGCGAGCUUUACAAUCGUACUAUGAACAAAAAUGCCGAAGAAUGAAGAAAAUCAAGAGUAAAAAGUAUGUUACAUAACAUUCUUUGAUCAAUUUUUAACUUACUGCGAAAGAGUGCCAUUUACCAUAAUAAUUGUAUUUGCUGUUUCAGGUACCACCGUAUAAAACGUAGAGCUGAGAAAAGGGCAAACAGUAAACAAACAUUUGAACAGUUGCAAAAAGAAAAUCCUGAACUAGCUCAAGUUGAACUGGAAAAAGCUGAAAAACUGCGCGUUCAGGUACCAGAUUUUAAUUUCCAAGCUUGUUGGAGUAUAGACUUGUAUUAUGAAAAAAGCAAGUGUGUGUCUGAUACUGUGGUUUGCGCUUGAGCGACCUGAAAAAAAUUCAGCUCAGACUGAAACCACAACUGCUAUUAUUAAUUAUUUAUUUUCACAUCUUUUAACACGGUGUCUAAUCAACCCAACUAUUACAAAAUAUAUACAGACAAAUUAAAAUGGUUGCUUUUCAUUAGGCCGUGUGUCUAUAAGUAUAACAGUUAUUUACAUUAUUAAAAAGAAAAUAAACAAAAACACAGAGAUAGAAAUACAUUCACUUUACUUUAUUCCUUAACACGUUUGAGAUAUCUUUUUCAGCCUAGUUCAGAAUUCAGAUCGACCCACAUCACAGCAGCUUAUAUAGUUGUAGAUUAUACUACCUACAGUGUGCAUUGGACCCUACGUUUGAGAUGUCAUUCGGGUAGUUCAGACCCACACCACAUUGUACAAUACUACCUGCAUUGGACCAUCACGUUUGAGAUAUAUUUUUCAAGUAGUUCAGACACAAAUCACGACAACUUAUUGCAGAUUACUAUAUGAUUACUACCAGUCUAGUGUUGGUAGUAUAUUGAUAAUGCUCGCCAACGUUUGAGAUAUGAAUAAGUAUUUGCUAUGUUUGUGUAGGAAAGAAUGAGCUUAAAACAUCGGAAUACUUCAAAGUGGGCGAAAAACAUCAUUGCUAAAGGCAUUAAUGACGUUCAGGUGAAUCGCAUAUUCUUUCGUUAAAGCUACUUCUAAUAAUGUCGUUUUAUUUACACAAGAAAAGCGGUUGUUCAAAAGGCAAUUUGACUUAAUCAUAUAUAAACUCCGGGUUGGGCCAAUUGCCUUGUGAAAAACCGGCUCUUGUCUUGGUCACUUCAUUAAUAAAAGAGAAAAACAACCUGUUCUUUACCACUAGCUCUUAACCGUUUAGGCGCGACAAGCUCUUUCCGAGCAACUGCGGAUAAGCCGACAGUUAACUGAGACGAAAACAGUCGAGUCGGAUAGUGACGAAGAGGAGGGAAAUAAAGCCGAAGAUGACGCGGAGAUUCCCGAGAAUUUUAGAAAUUUUGGACUGGUCGGUGAUAGUUCGGAAAAUCCUUGGCUUCUGAACGAUGGAAAAGAAAGAGAAAACAUGAACGAAGUAACUGAAGGUUUGGAUUGAUUUAUUUUAAAAUGUUUUCUAAACUCCGCAGUUAACUGAGUUGUGUGUUACGGACGAAAAAAUAACUAAAGCAACAUUCAGUGCAGUUGACUGGUAGAAAUUGGGACGACUGAAUCUAAUCAAGGCAUUGAGCUGACAUACAAUUAACAUUUAUACCGGUUAGUUCUAAACUGUUCUCCCUAAAGUCCAUUUUCUACUAGGCGAAUUUGUUCGCGCGAACAGUAACAAAGUAGGAACUGAUCCAACUUUUUCGCGGCGAAUUUUUUCGCUGACCAAUCACUGCCAAGAUUUGCUUUUCGUUUCGCCUAGUGGAAAAUGGGCUUAAGGUCCAGUAAGCAGCCAUUGUUGGUACAAGAGGAAACUGGUAUUAAAGAUAAAAUAAUAAAAAAAAAAUAAAAGAUAAAAUAAUGUUUUUCUUGUAAUAACAUUUAGAACAUGAAAACACAAAAGAACGGUUGAGAAAACUGAAGGCAAUAACUGCAGAAGAAACGAAGGAAGGACAAGGUGAUGAAGACGAAAAUGUCUCGGAUAAUUCUGACCAAGAUGAGACGUUUGAAUUGAUGGAUGGAAGUGGAGCGCAGGAAAGUGGAAAGAAGAGAAAGAAGAGAAGAAAGAAAAAGAGUAUUAAAGGAAAGAAUAAUGAUGAGGGGAGCAGGGGGAAAAGAAAGAAAUUGAAGGGAGAUAAAGUUGACGACAUCAGGGAAGAGGGCAUACAAAAGAAAGGGAAAAUCAAAGGAAAGAAGAAAAAAGUUCUUUCGAAAGGAAAUAAUGAGGAAGUAAAUAUGUUGAAGGAGGCGAAGUGGAAAACCUUGAGGAAAAUGGCAUAA